AUGGGCCUUUUUAGUGUUCUACUAUUCCUUGUGGUUGCCGCCCAAAUAAUAGUGCUGCUGCUGUCACCCUUUUACAAAGUCAAAUGGCCAUUCUCAUGGUACUACACACGUAUCUUCAGACCACUAUUACAAGAAGAUCAAAGGUUUCGCUGGAAGUUUUACGUCGUACCUGCAUUCUACCUAUCGUUGUACUGCUACAUCAUCUUUGUCCUGAUCAGAGACGUGAUACCAGUGAUUGGUAACCGUCUCUUGUCAGUGGAGAAGUUAUGUAUAAUUCCAGUACUAGUGGUGGCCACACCUGUUCUAGGUUGGCUAAGUAUGACCGUGAAGGCUAAAACGAGCAGAGGAUGUCAGCCUGGCUCAGCGCAAGAAUAUGAUUACGAUUACAUCCUUUACUAUCCCAAUGUACAGUGUCGGACCUGUCACAUAGAGAAACCAGCCCGUUCAAGACAUUGCAAUCUAUGCCGAGAAUGUGUUUUGGUUGCUGAUCACCAUUGCGUAUGGGUCAACAACUGCAUUGGGAAGGGCAAUUACCAGUUUUUUUAUGCGUUUCUAGUCGUCAAUGUUAUAUCACUGUCGUAUGGUUUCCUAAGAGUUCUGUGGAUUUCAGUGAUGAAGGACCCUUCCAUGGUAGUAUACCCACGAAGUAUCCUAAUAUUCACCAUCUUAUGUGGCACUUUCGCGAUAAUUUGCGGUGUCUUCACGUAUCUGCAACUACAAUUGGUUAACGACGGUAUGACAACCGGUGAGAAGGACAAAUGGUAUACGAUCCAGCAGAUUAUGAGAGAAGGAAACCUCGUUAGGACUCUAGAUGGUCAAUUCUUUAUUCAGGACCAGCAGAAUCCAAAUCAAUUUUACAGCACUAACGCUUACGAUUCCAAGCUUUACGUUCCACAGAACUACUCAAUUGUCAAUGAUCCAAAAGAUAUUACCAACAUCUACGACCAGGGAUCCUUUUGGUACAAGCUAGAGCGCCUAUGCACGUGA